AUGGAACGACUUCCGAUGCUCGCCAGAUGUGGCCAUUCAUGGGUUUGUGGCUUCUGCGCCCUCACCGCCGAGGAUCGCCACUUUUUGAACUGCAACGUUUGUGGGCGGCUGGCCAGCGAAUACGUGCCGUGGACACGAUAUUUAAGCUGCCUACUGGGCCAAACGUUCUUCGGCGUCGACGACGACAAGCAGCAGCAACAAAAGUCACUGCCAAAGCCCGAUGAACGACUCGCCAUCACAUAUCCAAUCGAGGGUCGCAUGGAGAAAUAUGAAAAGCAGCUGGAGACGCUCAAGGAGUUCAUCGUCAUCACCCACCAAAUCAACCAGAAG